GAGAUCGUGCGGUUCUUCCCGGGACACUGGAGAAUCAUGACGCACUACGGGAAGGCCAAGAACAACGAGAGAGAGAAUACCUACAUCGUGCACGUGGCGCAGUCCGGCGAUCCGAAUGCCAAAGCGGUCUUUGUACUGGGCCAGACGGAUCCGCGCUGUGCGCACAGUAUCAUGGAAGACCCCGCCUCGGAGGAGGCACAUAGCAUCCAAAAGGGGGCUCAGAUCUGGGAAGGCACCGUGUCAGAGAGGAUGAGCUUGGAGGUGGCGUAUUUGGGCAAGAGCGCACCUCCAUCGAAGAUGCAGAAGCUGAAGAAGAUGAAGAAGGUGCUGCCCAACGGCUCGGCGAGCACGGAAGAUGCGGAAGAAGUGGUUUGGGUGGACCAGCGAAAGCUGAAAGUGGGCUCUUAGAUGUGUUAGUUGAGUACUCUGCCAACUCUGCUCCUUUCUAUUUUUUGUUGGUUGCAGCAUAUAGUCUAUAUACACAUAGUUAACUAAUGUUUUCGGAGGGCUAGACUCUGUGCAUGCGGUGUGUGUGUGUGGUUUGGGAUUGAAUUCCCAGGGUGCUGGGAGGGAUGCCCUGUUUUCCAGCACAUUGGUCGGCUGCUGAUUGGUCCGCUGCAUCAAAAAGGGCAGACCCUAAGCUCCAACUUGCAUGUUGCAGGUGGUUGGUUCUAGUCUUGCCCCCAAGAGACCAUCGGCAAAUAAGCUUGUUUGGAGCAGGAUUUUUCCAACGGCCUGUCAAGGGGCCGUCAUUUUCUUGAAGAUCAAGUGAGAUGAGCCAACAGGGAAUCGGCCAGUUCUUCUUCCAGUCUCUGAAGCCAUAAAAUGGGCACCAUGCGGGUGCCCAUUGAGGUUACUACAUGGUCUCGGUGGCCAAGAUGGAAGAGGGUAUCGAGUACUACUUGCGUGUCCACUGUACCCCGGAGGGUGAGUUGAGCUCCUGGCAUUUGCCGAAAGGCAUGAAGAGUGCAUUGGGCUUCUCGAAGUUUGAGGUGGAGGAGGACCGCGCCCGUGUGAUGUGCGGAAGAUCCAGCCGUUCGGCGUUAACCUUGCUACUAGUAGCAUUCUUGCUACCAGUAGUAAUGCCAGGAGCUGGUAGUGUCUUUGUUCCUGUUAGCGAUGCCCUUUGUUCCUAGAUGCGAAAGUUCUGUGCAGACGACGAGAACAAGAAGACAAGCCACUUAGCCCAUGAGAAGCACAUGUUGCAUUUUUCGGUAAUUCAGAUGUGCUUCCAUUGGGAACAAGUAGUGGGACACAGAGCUGCCUGAGAAGAGAAUCCCAAGACCUGCGGAAGUUCCAGAAGGAUUGCUCCCUGUAUCAUGUGGUACCAAAGAUUGUCCAUCCUUCAUGGAACUUUGCAUCAUAAGCUGCUGCCCUGUUCUCUUGUCAUCAAGUGACCUUUGUAUAUAGCCCUCUUUUUGUCAUGCUGCAAAUCCUUGGUGUCUAUUCUGUCUUGUACGACGAAUGCAGCCCACAUGCCUCCGGACGGUUGUCAGAUGAGUGGCUCAAACUUGCGGUUGUGUCCCCAGUUCCGGGGUCGGUUGUCAACACCAACAUUUCAGUUAUUUUUGUAAAAUCAUGUAGCAUGUCACUUCCACUGUGGAAGAUCUCACCUGUUCUCUCCUGUUCUUGAUCUGAUGCAUGUCAAAAGGAGGACUUCGAUGAAGGUGAAGAGGAGGAGGAUUACGAGGAUGAUUUCACAGAUGAGUCUGGUUGGGAAUCCUGUGACUAUGAUUGACGCUGACCUGGCGCACGUUUCAAGUUCCGCGCACUGUUUUUCGGUUCUACAUGUGGAGCCGCGCACGUCUCGGUUUCACUGGCUCCGCCAAAGACCGCGGAGUGUUGAAGCGAAAAGGGUUUGUAGAAGCACCGCUAGCCGCUACCGUAAUACGUUAUUGAUUGGAUUCUGA